UUGGAAACACAAGUGACUGCAGAUGCUGGAAUCUGGAGCAAGAAACAACCUGCUGGAGGAACUCAGCAGGUCGAGCAGCAGUUUGGGGGGGGGGGGGCGGGAUUGUCCACACUUCGGCUUGAACCCCUGCACCAGGACAGCUGAUCCAUUGUUGGCCAAGAACUGGGUAGCCAAUGCAACUCGUCUGACUUCUCUCCAAAACUGGCACAAAAUGGCCAAAGGCCAUUCCAGGGAUUUACUUUUCUCUGGUAGAGUUCUUCUUUCACAUAAAAUUUUUGUUUGUGAGUGUUAUUUCAAUGCAAUUGUUAAUCUGUUGAUUCCAAGCAGAUUAGCAGAUGGUUUAAAUCUGCACAAAAAUGAACCACGUUAACCUGUGGGCUACCAAAAAGCUGAAACAAAAGAAAGUGAGAUCAAGUAGCGAGGUGCAGGAGAAAGAAAGUCAUGUGUUCACGUCGUGCCAAACGUGGUUAACAGCCACUGAAGUACUUUGAAGAAAUAGAGCGGCAACUAAGUGCCAAGAAUGCUAGACUUGAUAUCUGGCAUCAGUCCAACUGAGCGAGCGUGUCACCUUUCAUUCACGUCAGGUGAGAAUUCCUUUCGCCGGGUUACUGCUGCGCCACUCUUGUCUCGACCUCUGCGACAAACAGCCCCGUCUGAACCGAGCUGAAGAACGCUUCACCUCCCCCCACCCCUCCCCAAGGCGAACACACUCUCACACUGCUGUGGCAGGAGAUGAACAAGUUGUGUUUCAAGUUAUUUUAAAGCGGUUCUGCUCGGCAACAAGUGGUUACGAAUUCUUGUGCAGGUUUCCUGACCAGAGGGAAAGAAAGGGGAUUUUUGAUUAUUUAUUCCAGCACGGACAAGCUCUCCUUACGCGCUAAAGGUACAAAAAGCUGCCCUUUUAUCGAGCUGUAACAUUCUCAGCGAAGCAAAGCACCACGAAACGCGACUCCACCUGCGAAUUCAGCAGCGAAAACUCAACUCUUGGGGCUCGGCGAAUGGCCUGGAAGAGUUAAAUUACAUUCAGGGGCCGGUGAGAUCAGCAAGUGGGCGUUUUCACAUUUCAGACUCAAGAGUACAGGACUGCUUAAACUUCGGUUCCCAAGAAUUCAACAGGUUGCUCUCUUCAGAAGAGUAAAAUGGAUCUGUGUGACUGGCGAGUGCAGAAGCGGCCGGCUAUCGGGUGUCAGGAUUGAGACCUUGAAACUACUGUGAGAAAAUCAGUUCAACAAGUUGCAUUUGCAAAGAAACACUGUCACAGUAAGAAUCUCCCUGAGCUCACAGAGAGGAAUCAAUAUUGAGCAGUGUUCGACUCGAGAAGCGGCUCCACAGUAGAGGCUGCACUUGAGGGGCUCCGGACAGAGAGGGGGAGAGUUGAAGCAUGGUCAGACUGGUAAAAGCAAGAACCCCUCCGCUGGGCUGAGUGUAGACGCUGUUCACUGAUGACAGCAACCGAGUGGAGAACAAGUCAGCCUACACAACUACUGGGACUGUGCGGCUCUAUCUAAAGCAGGAAUAGCCAUCAAAAAUCGUGGGGAGCAAAAGCAGGUGGAUGGCACAGAUCCUGACAGCAAGGAUUCUAGAUGUUCACGGUGAGCUGAAAUGACACAGCUUCCUGACUUGGAACAACAGUGUGUGACGAAGGGACUCCAGAUUUAAUAAACCCACCGAACGCUGCUAGGCUGUGUGCAUGCAUGUAUAUGUGCAAUUUCAAAUUGCCAAUCACCAGCGAAAGCAGUAUGUGAUGUGCUUUAGUUAUCACCGAGUAUCCUGGUUUAGAUGGAAGAAUUUGCAGAGGCCGACUCUGGUUAACAAAUUGCUGCUUCCACUACUGAAGCAAAAAAGAAACUGCACACAAGGAUUAUUCUCACCAGGCACAUAUAUCGUCUCUUCUCCUGAGUGUUUGGAUGAAGCAAAUACCAGCUUUACAAUAACUGGAGCUGCCUCUGGCUUUGUGGGUUUUUUAACAGCCUGCUGUUUUGCAAUUAGAAUCCCUUAAUGGUCAGAGUGAUGGGAGUGUCACGGACCAGAGUCUGUUUAAAGGACUGGAUUACUUUAUUGUAUUUAUGGAUUAUGUUUCUAUUGGGACUGUACACACAAAUAACUUGGGCGGAUUUUUGUCCUUCGGAGUGUCGUUGUGAUAAGAAAUUUGUUUACUGUAAUGACCGUGGCUUGACAUCAGUGCCUUCUGGGAUACCAGAGGGGGCCACUAUUCUCUACCUCCAAAACAACGCCAUCAAUAAUGCUGGAUUUCCACUUGACUCGAAUGUGCUCUCUGUUCAGACCGUCUACUUGUACGGCAACGAACUGGACGAGUUCCCUGUGAAUCUACCAAAAAACGUGAAGGAGCUCCACUUGCAGGAAAAUAACAUCCAGACAGUCUCCAGGGAAGCUCUCAGCCAAUUGGCAGAAACUUGAAAGCUCCACCUGGAUGAUAACUCCAUCUCAACCGUUGGCAUUGAGGACAACGCUUUCCGAGAAGCAACCAACCUCAAGCUCCUGUUCUUGUCCAGGAACCAUUUGAGCAGCGUGCCAGUCGGUCUACCUCUGGGGCUAGAAGAGCUCCGGUUGGAUGAGAACAGGAUCGCCACUGUGUCGGAGCUGGCCUUUCAGAAUCUGACUCUCCUUCAACGCCUGGUGUUGGAUGGGAACCUCCUGGCCAACAAGGGCAUUGCCGAGGGAGCACUGGAGCAACUGGUGCAGCUAACUGAGCUCUCAAUGGUGCGGAACUCCCUGACUCUGCCCCCGGCCAACCUUCCAGGUGGCAAGCUAGUGAAGCUGAAUUUGCAGGAUAACCAAAUCAGUCAGAUUCCAGUCACUGCCUUCAAGCAACUGAAACAGCUCGAGAGGCUGGAUCUUUCCAACAACCAGCUCCGGAUGCUGGCAAAAGGAGCAUUUGAUGGUAUGACCAGUUUGAAACAAAUUCUUUUGAGGAAUAAUCCAUGGUAUUGUGACUGCAACAUAAAAUGGGUGACCAAAUGGCUGCAAUCCCUUUCGUUUUCUAUCAACGUGCGUGGUUUGAUGUGUCAGGGACCUGAUAAGGUCAGGGGCAUGGCUAUAAGAGAUCUGAAUAUGAAUCUGGUAUCCUGUCCUAUUGCUACAACUGCUCCCAAAGUCACCCAUGUACGCCCUGUCCCCUUGCCAUCUGCCUUGCCCACUGUCUUUUCUACCAUUUGACUCUCUACGAACGCCUCCGCCCUCCCCUUCACGCCCGGCUCGAGCCCUCCUGUGCCUGGCAGUGAUGACGAAUUCACAGACUCUCUUCCAGUGGGUCCACUGCGACUUGCCGUUCGGUUUGUGAAUGACACGUGCAUUCAAAUCAGUUGGCUGGCCGUCUUCACGGUGACCAAGUACAGGAUCACGUGGGUGAAGCUGGGCCACAGUUUAGUUGGCGGCAUUGUGCAUGAGAGGAUAGUCAGCGGGGACACUGAGCAGCUGAGCUUGCAGAACCUGGAGCCCAAAUCCACCUACAGGAUCUGCAUGGUCCUGCUGGAUGCCUCGAACAACUUUCACCCCGAGGAUGAUACAGUUUGUUCGGAAGCCACCACCAAGCCGUCGUCGUUUAACACGAACAUGCCCUCCAGCCCCGAGCAGGCUACCCAGCAGGAACUGAGCUCCCCAUUACUGCUGGCGGGGCUGAUAGGGGGAGCAGUACUCAUCAUACUUGUCGCCCUGCUCAGCGUUUUCUGCUGGCACAUGCACAAAAAGGGGAAGUACGACUCACAUUCGUGGAAGUACAACCGCGGUCGGAGGAAAGAUGAUUACUGUGAGGCCGGGACGAAAAAGGACAACACCAUUCUCGAAAUGACUGAGACCAGUUUUCACAUAGUCUCAUUAAAUAAUGAACAAAUGCUGAAGGAGGAUUUUAGACUGCAGUCAAUAUAUCCUCCGAAUGGGGCGAUUAGUUAUACAGACUGCCACACCAGAAGCAACAGCAGAUACUGUACUAGUGGGGCUCCAGAUUUGGAACAAUGUCACACAUGACCCUGCAGUCUGAAGACCCUCCACUUAUAGGACUUUCUAGAAUAUAUUUGUGAAAUAUUGUCCAGACAGAUUGUGUCUGCCUACUGUGUAAUUUAUACAGUGUAAAAAAAUUGCUAUCUUUUCUAUUACAAAAAUUAAGUAGCAACAAUUUUGUAAAGCAGUCAAGUGAUUUAAAAAAAAGAGAUUAAGUAUGCUGUAUAGUUGUUGCUGUACAAUCAAGGCCUAUGUUCAUUAAUGUAAUUUUUUUAACCAUAUGUUGGCAUUUAAUGACAUAGUUUCCAAAAUGGGGUCAAAACAUCUGCACAGUCACCCUGGGCACUUCAUCUGGAAAACCAACAUAGACUGAUGGUUAACAGGAACUUUCCUCCACCUUUCCCCCUCCCCCCUUCCGUAUUUUCUCAUCUUCCUCUCCUAAAGGGAUUUAUCUCUGGCUGAAGUAUAGUUUUUAUUUCUGCCCUGUCACCUUCAACACCCCCCCCCCCCCCCCAGCCUCCUUCCCCUUCCUCCUCCUGCAGCUCACAGUCAAAUCACUUCAUGAAUCUCAACCUAUGGACUUGUGUAAGAGCUGAGCCUGACAUUCACCUAGUUUCCAGCAGGGGUCACUGCCUACAAAUCUGAAGUGGCAAUUCCAGAUAUCAUUGUACCCCAACACCUUUAGCCCAGGGACAAUGCAUCAUUUUAGUAGCCCAAUCGAUGGCCCUGUUAACUCAACCAAGGCUGAAAGUUUAACGUGAACUAUAUACCCUCGAUGACCGAAAAUCUAAUCUAGCAGCCAUCUAAAAGCUACUUCUGGAGUUUAAUUCAAUGCUUUAACUGGAUGUUCAGUACUUCUAAUAUAUUGUAAAAUAUCAAUUGGCUCUUGUUAUUUCUUAAAACUAUUGAUAAAUAUCUGUUUUAUUCAAUUAAUCCCCUUACCCAUUUUGGGUCUGGAUGUGGUUCAAACUCGACAGGAACACAGUUGAUUCUUAAUUGUUCACUGUUCCAUAAUCCAAGGGCAAUUAAGGAGAGGCAUUAAAAGCAAGCCUCACCAGCAAUAUCCACAUUCUGUCAAUGAAUAAAAUUGCUAAAAUUAGCUUUCAGCAACACUAAUUACACCUGUCAGUACAAGAACAAGGUAGUUUCAUAAUAAUAAGGAUGAAAUUCACUUGGAAUGCCUUUGUUGCAACACCAGCUUUGAGCACAGUCUACGAUUAGCAAAAUAAAGAAGGUUUUAUUCUCCAACAACAAAGUAAUUAAUUCAAUAAAUGCACACUCCCCCUCGCUGAUGUUAAAACUUUGCAGACUUUUUUUAAUGUGACUCGGCAGUUUCAGGAACACUUUUUUUAUUUAAAAAAAUGUAAAGCUAAUGGCAUUUUAAUCAAAGCUACCUGUCCAUGGCAACAGUAAAGAAUUAGGAUGUCAGGUAGGUGUCUGUGAAAUUGAUCACGUAGGAAGAUCAAACUUGUCAUAACAUUAAUUUAGUAGAAUUCCAUGGUAUCCACGAGUAAUAUGAAACAUUUUCAGUUCCUCCGUUUAAAUGGGAGCUGUUUGUUAUAUUUCCCAAUAGCUGUACAGAUGAAUAAGCCACAGUCAUGAAAGUCAAUUACUUAUAUAAUCGGAUAUCCAGCUAUUUGUUGGGAUAAUGAACUGAACAUUCAGCUACCUUACAUUUUCACAAAAAAAGCACCAUUUCUUCUUUAGUGCACCCCUGAUGUAUGUUGUAGGUCUAUGUAGCUGUUGCAUCUAAUGAAUUAUACCCAGAUCUUUCAGGUUGGCUGGUCUGCCACUAACACUUUACUUUUAAACAUGAGUAUGUGUUCUUUUGUCUCUGUUUGCUCCCCUGUGCCUUUCGUGCCAUGAGAAGGAUGGACUGAUCCCUGCCAGCACCACCCACACACCCCCAUCCCAAAACCCUUGGUUCUGGCAGCCCCACUGUGUUGGUAGCUGAGUGAGGUGAACACAUACAAGAGCAGACCCCGAGGGGAGGGUGUAAUGUAUACAAUGGCAUGACGGAGAUCAGGAACUUGCCAUGCAUAAGCACAAUCUUGCCCGUGUACCAUUCCACGACAUCGCUUCCAGCCCUCCAGUCUGCCAUUGUAUCACUUUCAGGUUUACAUAAGGGGCACAUUAAUUGAAGGAUGAGACUCCAUUUUAGAGCAAAGGCCACUGCGUUAACAGUAUUCUGUACAAUGAAUGAAUGAUAAUGAUAGGUAAAUAUUCCCACAGUACCUUAUCCUGGAUGUGCUGGUGUUACUGACAACUGAAGGGUUAGCUGUUCAACUUAAUUUCCAGAUGAUUUUGGUUUAAUCGAUCCGGUUCAAUUAAUCCACACAAAUGUUGAGCCCAUUGAGAUGUUUAUUCUUUCUAUCCUCCACUUGGCAACUGACAGCUCUGAUGCUGAGCCAGUUUUUGGAAUAAGCAAUAUGGUUAAGCUGGCACUAACUCUAAGAACAGGAUAAUGAUAAUCCAGAUUCUUUUUUUAAGAAAAUGCCUACAGCAAGAAUGCUUUAAAAAAUGCAUUAAAAUCAAUCACUACUUUUGUAAUACAGAUGUCAGUUCAUGUUUGUGUAGACGGCAAUGUCAAAAUAUUUUGGUUUUAUUCUCUUUUUGUUCCUAAUUUUCCAUUGUGCAAGGAACCAAAGUUCAUAAUCUUGCACCGUCUUGGUGUAUCAUGUAUGUGCCUUGAAUUUUAUCAUAAGUGUUAACGUCCUUCAAACUUAAUCAUUUGCGCUCCCUUUUUCUUUUGCAGAGCAUGUAUGAAUACUUGGGUACGCUGAGGAUAAUGUGGUUAAGUGACUGGUCUAGUAACCUAGAGGCCUGGAUAAAUAAUCUAUAGACAUGAGUUCAAAUCCCACCAUGACUAUGGAAUUUGAAUUCAGUUAAUAAUUGGGAAUUUAAAUAAAAAUAGCCAGUGUUGGUGACUGUAAAACUACCAGACUGUAAACUACCAGAUCUGGUUCACCGAUGCCCUUCAAAGGAGGAACUACGCCAUUCUUACCUGGUCUGGCCUAUGUAUGAGUCCAAACCCUGCAGCAAUGAGGUUGAUUCAUAACUACCCUGUGAGGUUAACCAUUCUGAUAAGCCAGCUCAGUUGUACUAUAACUUCUAAAUUAUAGAAGGUGGCUCACCACCAGAUUCUCAAGGACAAUUAGGGAUGGGCAAUAAGUGCUGGCCUUGCCAGACAGACCCAGUAAUUGAAAGAUGAAAAAGCUGUAAAAUAAAGAAACAAAGCUUUUGCAACACCAAAGCAAGCAAUGGAAGUUGAAUACUUAAUAAAAAUCAUGAGAAGCAUUUUAAUUUUUGGUAAAGAUGACUCUGUUACCUUUGUGUUCAUGCAGACUUUGAAUUCUUGUUAUGAAUUGUUACAGAAGUGAUAAAUAACCCUUCUUUUGUGAACUAACAACUGCUUUUUACCACUGUAAUGUACUACUAGAAGCAAAGGACUGAGAGGAUUGUGUUUUUUUACAAGAGCAAAUAUUGUUUUUCGUUGUCGUAAUUUAAUCAAAUACAGUGACCAAGCAAUUUGUCUGUGAAAGUAAGCAUUUUUGUGGAACAACACGGGACAACUUCUGAGGUGGUGAUUUAUUCCCCUUUUAAAAAAACUGAGGAUUUAUUGAAUUGGACAUUGUUACUUUAUACAGUGCAGUACAUUCUUUCACAUCCAACAUGCAAGUACCAAUUGAUCACAAUUAACAACCGAUUAAUCCUUAUUUUCUAACUGAUCAAAUGCACUGCUAGCUUUUUAUUUUUUUACGUAGCUGCUUCAGAGCCAAUGUUGUAAUAAAAAUAAAUCCUUUCAAAAUAUUUUUUCUACUGCAAAAGUAAAUUUAAGAAAAAAAUCUUUUUUUAAAGAAUGGGUGAAAAAAUACCUUUCUGAACCAUAGUGUGUUAAAGGGAGCAAGGUCACUUGUACUCAAUUUUCCUGUUUAGCCUUAUCUAGAUAAGAAAAUCUCACGUUGAAAGUGCAACAGUACAUUUUAUGUUUUGUAUAUAUUUUUGUCUUGUCAAGGUGGGAAAAAGAAAUCUCAUGCUUUAUAUAUAAAAUAGCUACUUGAUGUAACUUAUAAUAAUGCACAGAUUUACUUGUUAUACUGACAGGUUGCCGAUUCCAGAGAUACUCUGUACCUCACUUGCAUAUUCCUUACUUUCAACAAGUUCUCUGUAUUUCUAAAACAUUGUUUGAAGGAUGUCCAUAACCAAAAUACGAAAUAAAGUAUGGUCA